AUGGCCGCGUCCGAGAGCUCACUAACGAGGACCGCCUCGACCUGCGCCCCCGAGACUACGCACGGGACGCACGUCUUCAAGAUCGACGGGUACAGCCUGUACAGGGGCUUCGGCGUUGGGAAGGCCAUCGAGUCUGCUACCUUCGCCGUCAGCGGCUACGACUGGUGCGUCCGCUUCUACCCCGACGGUAGAAGGGAAGAGAGCAACAAAUGGGUGUCUGUCUACCUCGAGCUCAAGACCGAGAACACUGAGGUGAGGGCGCUCUACAGUAUGUGGCUGCUCGACCAGGCCACAGUGGCUCCGCCUCCGCCGCCGCAGACUUAUGCCCGGCCAAACCCUAGCCAGAUAGACCCGUCGGUUUUUGACACCCGUUACAAUGCAGCCGCGACCCCGGGCUGGGGCUUUACCAAAUUUUGGAGGAAGAGUGAACUUGGAGAGUAUAUUAUUGACGACAUUGUAUGCAUCCAGUGCAAUCUUACAGUGAUCAACUUCAAGGAGGCGCAGGUGGAGGAGGCCAAGAUGGAAGUUGUGGUCCGAGUGCCGUCGUCAUCAAGCUAGCUAUUGGAUAAUCUCAGUAACUUGCUGGACGCUACAGAGGGAGCUGAUGUAUCUUUCAUUGUCAAGCAUGAGGUUUUCUCAGCUCAUAAGAUCAUUCUCGCAAUGCGUUCAGCGGUCUUCCGGGCGGAGUUUUACGGUCCAAUGAGGGACGAACAAAUGUGCAGUGUAACUGUUGAAGACAUGCAGCCCGCUGCUUUCAGAGGACUGCUUCAUUUCAUCUACAAGGAUUCGUUGCCUCGGAUGGGUGACCUCAAUAAUGACGAGUAUGAAGAAAUGCUUAGGCAUUUGCUUGUCGCUGCAGAUAGGUAUGCCAUGGAAAGGAUGAAAUUGAUGUGCGAGAGCAAGCUGUGUGAGGUUCUUUGUGCCGACACUGUGGGUACCACGCUAGCUCUAGCCCACCAGCGCCAUUGCAGCCAGCUCAAAGAUGCUUGCAUUGAGUUUAUUAUGAACUCUUCGAAUAGAAUGGUUGAUGUGGUGGUGGCAAGUAAAGGCUAUGAGAAACUGAAAAGGGAAUGCCCUACUGUCAUUGCGGAUAUAUGGGAGAAAACAGCUAAGAGACGCAGACUUUAA